AUGGGUGUCAGUGUAAAGAGCGAAGAAGACAAGGGUCCAUGCGAUGACAGCGGAGCAGUGAAACCUUCGCGCGACGGCUCAUUUCAGCACUUGACAACAAAAGGAGAGCAACCGGACGGCCUCUUAGCUCCGCUUUCGGACAGCGAUGACAUAACGUCACAUUCUUCUGACUUUAAUACUGAUGAGGAGGUGGAUGACUUUGACCAAAAUGCUUCAAAAUCCUUAGAAAAGUCACCAUUGAAAAGAGACGCAAAAGAAGGCGCGGUUGGGAAACCUUUUUCCUGCUCACGUUGUGAUAAAACAUUUCCUUGGAAAUCCAACUUAAAGGCACACAUGCGUACUCACACUGGAGAGAAACCUUUUGCCUGCACAGUUUGUGAUCAAAAAUACUCCACAAAGGCAAAUUUAAACAUUCACACAAGAAUGCACACUGGAGAGAAGCCUUAUGCCUGCACACUUUGUGGUAAACGAUUCACUCAGAAGGGACAAUUAGUUUUGCACACAAGAAACCACACUGGAGAGAAGCCUUUUGCCUGCACAUGUUGUGGUAAACAAUUCGCUCAGAAGGGGCAAUUAGUAGUGCACAAAAGAAACCAGACUGGAGAGAAACCUUUUGCCUGCACAGUUUGUGAUAAAAAAUACUCUACAAAGGCAAAUUUAAACAUUCACACAAGAAUACACACUGGAGAGAAGCCUUUUGUCUGCACACUUUGUGGUAAAGGAUUCACUCAGAAGGGACAAUUAGUAUUCCACACAAGAACCCACACUGGAGAGAAGCCUUUUGCCUGCACACUUUGUGGUAAAAAAUUCACUCAGAAGCAGGAUUUAGAAAGGCACAAGCGUUUACACACUGGAGAGAAGCCUUUUGUCUGCACAUGUUGUGGUAAAAGAUUCACUCGGAAGGGACAUUUAGUAUUGCACACAAGAAACCACACUGGAGAGAAGCCUUUUGCAUGCACACUUUGUGGUAAAAGAUUCACUCAGAAGCAGGAUUUAGAAAGGCACAAGCAUAUACACACUGGAGAAAAGCCUUUUAUCUGCUCACUUUGUGGUAAAAGAUUCACUCAGAAGGGACAAUUAGUGGUGCACACAAGAAACCACACUGGAGAGAAGCCUUUUGCCUGCACACAUUGUGGUAAAAGAUUCACUGUGAAGGAUAGUUUAAAUAAACACACAAGAACACACACUGGAGAGAAGCCUUUUGCCUGCACACUUUGUGGUAAAAGAUUCAUCGCGAAGGAUGGUUUAAAGAAACACAGAAGAACACACACUGAGGAGAAGCCUUAUGCCUGCACACUUUGUGAUAAAAAAUACUUUGCGAAGGCAGAUUUAAACAUUCACACAAGAACACACACUGGAGAGAAGCCUUUUGCC